CCGAAAAGUAUUCAUGAGAAUGUUCAGGAGAGGUGUACAUAGAGAGAAAACUUAAACUUCUGAUCUAGAUGACAUUUCUAGAGAAUGAGUGUUACACAUACAAACGGAUUUACUCCGGCCAGCGAAGCCUUGAAAGCCAGAAGAAAGGGUUCUGAUCCACUCAUUUCUACAGCCAGAGGCAAACUUCAGUCCCGCAGAUCCAAGGUGAAUGAUCAAAUAAACAGAGAACUUCGUAUGCGAAAUGGAGCUGAAAAUUUGUUUAGGGCCACUGGUAACAAGAGACUGAAGGAACUCGUGGCUGUAGAGCUGUCAUUCUUCAACUCCAACAUCCAGUUAUUGAAGGAGGAACUGUCUGAUCUCAACAGCUCAGUUCUAGUGUACCAACAUGACAAUGGUACACACACAGUUCCCAUGAUUCCUUUGGGCCUGAAGGAGACUACAGAGUGUGACUUAGCUGUACCCAUUAAGGACUUUAUUUUGGAGCAUUACAGUGAAGAUGGGACUCGGUACGAAAAAGAAAUCCAGGAGUUAUGUGACCUCAGACAGGACAUGCGAACUCCACAGCGAAAUGAGUCUGGGGUUGAGUUGUUGAUUGAGUACUUUAAUCAGUUACACUUUAUUGAGAGGAGAUUCUUCCCUCCUGACCGAGUUCUUGGUGCUCACUUCCACUGGUAUGACUCUCUAACAGGUGUACCCAACACACAAAAAACAAUGGGCUUCGAAAAAGGCAGUGUUUUAUUCAAUAUUGGUGCUUUAUAUACACAGAUAGGCUGUAAACAGGAUAGGACAACUCAUGCAGGAGUACAGGACGCCAUCAGUAAUUUUCAGAAAGCUGCGGGAACCUUCCGCUAUUUACACAAUCACUUCACUAAUGCUCCCAGUAUGGAUAUGCAGCCCCAUACACUGACCAUGCUUAUACAGCUAAUGAUGAGUCAGGCCCAGGAGUGUGUGUUUGAGUGUAAGGUGUUGGGUGGUAAUACCAAUGGACUCCUAAGAAAUGUCAGAUGUGCUCAAGAAGCAGUAGUGGUGUCCCAGAUGUAUGAUGACACAAAGUUACUGAUGACCGCAGAACCGGUCAAGGACUACAUUCCGUACUCAUGGGUCUCCAUGGCGAUGGUGAAAUCUCAAUAUUACAUGGCAAUGGCACAUACUCACAUGGCAAUGGCUAUCAUAGACUGUUCUGAUGAAAAUGAUAGUCAGUCUUUAACUGAAUUCAUGGAGGCUCUACAGAACACAAAGGAAGUGGACACAGAGAACAACAGACUGAGCAUGCCUCAAACUGAGGAGGAGAGAAUUACACUGGGAAAAGCUCACCUCAAAGGUGCACUCAACUGCCAUGAAGAGGCUCUCAGAUUACAUGACUUGUGUAAACAACUGAGAAAAAUCGAUACCUUUCAGGACAUUUUAAAGAAGGCCCAUGACAGGUGCUUGGAGAAGUUUUCAUCUUUGGAAGAGGAGGAUGAUUUUACAGAAGUUCUGAUGUUUCCUAAAAUAAACCCCAAAACAUCUCAAAAUGUCUCCCCAGUUUCUCCAGAGUUCAGAAAUAUCAGUGUGGUAGACAUUUUCAAGAGACUGGGCCCUAUAACAAUAUUCAAUGCCAAAAAUGAAUGGUCUGCACCAAGAACAGUAACUCUGGAUCGUAAUCCGGAUCAGGGAUUUGGAUUCAGUGUCCGUGGAGAUGCUCCAGUCCGUGUAGCAGAAAUUGAACCAGGCAGUGUUGCUGAGGUGGGCAAACUGAAAGUUGGAGACUUGGUAGUAGCUGUAGGGGACACAGACACAAAGUGGGCGAAACACGACGAAGUAGUGAAUCUUGUCAGACAAUGUGGCAACCAUUUAGUUCUCAGACUAGUCACCCCCAACAUCCCCCAAGAUCAGGAAGCUAGUCACUCAGGCUCAUCCCCUGGGACUCCACGUGCUCCCUUACGAAUGCAGAGCCCGAGGGAGAGCCUAUCAACUCAGAGCAAUAAAUCAAAUCGUAGUCGACUUAGUGCACCCUGGAUAUUCAUGAGGAAAGGUUCUAAAGAAAAGCAGGAUAAACCAGAAAAGAGCAAAGAAAUGGAGGAUGGGGAGGCUUUCCUUCACUGAUUAGCAUCUGUUCUGUUUGAUAUGAUUGGUUAGUGAAAUAAUCUGUUCUGUUUGAUAUGAUUGGUUAGUGUAAUAUUGUGAUGUCAUUUCCUUGUCAGAGGCUCCGCCCAUUGACCUGACAGCAGCUAACACAUUUGUGUAAACAAUAAGUAAAGGUGAUGGUGGGGAAAAAAGAAAAAAGAGAGGUUUAAUAUUGUUCAAUUACCCCCCCCCCCCCCCCACACACACACACCCCCUCACAAACAAGAAAUAAUGUUUGUGACUUUCUUUGGCAGAUUUUUUGUAUUCAUACAAAAGAUGCAUUUUAUAUUGCACCUGUAUGAUUCAGGGGUUACGUGUCAUAUCUGUCAUUUUAUUCAGUUUUAAGAUGUCGUGUUUCAAAGAGCUCUAUAUUAAUCCAUAUAGUGUGUAGCUUUCUGAUUUUACUGAUCAGCAAAAAGUGAAUACUUGCUCAUAUGAGUCCUAUGUCCAGUUCUGUCCCCCUUGUACUUCACUCCGAGUGCUCAAUUUGGUGGCAUGUUUUGCUGCCUUUAUGUAUUAUAUACCAGUGCUUAUGGAAUUGCCAAACUUUCAUGAAGAAUCAAAAGCAUUUUGCCUCAGUGUAGGUUUAGUUUACUUCAGUAUUCUUUUUCAUUAACUAGAAGAUAGAUUUAAAUCAUUUUUGGCAGAGUUAUGAGUAUUUUUCUAGCUUUUGAAUUUAGGCUUUGAAAUAUUGUACCCCAAAGUUGUUAUACAAGUCAUAUUUUUACAAAUGACAUACAGGUAGCAUUAUUAUUGUUACAUGCUGCUUUUGAAAGUCUCUAUUUUGUAGAAUUGAUUUAAUGAACAAGAAAAUCACAAAAUUAAGAUAAUAGCAACAGUCAUGAAAUAAUAAUCAUACAUAUACAUAUAUUCCUGGGGUAGGAGGUCAUGUGUAAUUGAAAUGUCAUACAGUUUUAUGCAUACAUCUCUAAAUCCUUGCAAUGGUGUAUAUUCUCUUAGCCGGUAGAAAAAUUGUCUUUAAUCAAACCGUGUAUGCAUAAUGUAAACUAAAAAUCAAUAUGGCAUUGAUUGUACGUAUAGGUUGUAAAUGGUGUACUCAGUAUAUUUACAAUAUUGAAAUCCAUUAGCCAAUGUAUAGAUAGAUAAUAAUCUUUUUUUUUUUAAUUAAUAUAAAUGGAAAUAUUUAAGUAUUAUAUUUUUAUAACUGUCUAGUUAGUCAAAAGUUCCAUAUCAAUCAUAUGUAAUCUUUGUUCAUUUGUUUUUAUGCAGUUCAGUUUUGGAUAAGAUAAUCAAAAUUUUUCAUAUCUGUACGUUGUGAUAAAAAAAAAAUAUUGACUUAAAAAUAUAGUCCAGAUAAAAAUAUCCUGACAUGGCCUUAUUGAUUAUAUACUGUCCUUACAAUUUAUAAUGAAAUUUAUAAAAAAGACAUGUUUAUCUUGUGUUGUCUUUUAAAUGUCUAUAAACUAGAAUAGAAAACACAAAGAGAUUGAAUUAGAUCAUUCAUUACUGUAUAUUUAAAUGCAUAUUUAAUCACUAAUACUAGGAUUUACUUAAGCUUGACCUACAGUGAGGAAGCAAUUUAUUUUUGCAAAUAGACAUUUUUAUACAUUUUCAGACUUUCUAAUUUAUUGUCAACAAAUCACACUGCAUUUUAUAUGGUGGAGGUGUUUUGAAAUAUUGCUUAAUGUACAAUUAUUGCAAGCACUUACAAUGAUUGAUUAUUUUUUUUAUGAAAACACCUCUACACAAGUCAAGUGUGCCAAAAUAUAAAUCAUAUUGUGAUGUAGAUAGAUAAGGUUUUAAGUAUUAAGACUGUAUUGUGAUAACUAUCAUACAUCUAUUUGUGUAUUGUUAAAGUGUCCACAUAUAUAUAUAUAUUAUAUAUAUACAUAUAAUGUUUAGAGUAUUUAUAUACACAUGUACAUAUAUUAUACAAGCCAUUUGUUACUUGUGUAAGUUAAUAUAGGAUAGAGUUUGCAUUCUUGGUUCAUCAAAUGUUCUUCGCAAAUUUUGCAGUAGAUAAAAGUUACUGUCUCUGCUCUGUGAUGCUUCUUAUAUUUAAAAGAAAGCAAUGUUUAUAUAAAUUUACUAAGAUUUAGAGCAAAAGCAAUCAACAUUUAUGUCCGUAUGUUUUUAUGUCAAGUUGAUGUUAAAUUUUACAUUUACAUAUGUAAUUACACAUCUAUUGUAUACCCAUUUCAGUACUGAAUGUAUGUGUGUAUAAUUGUUUAUUAAUGCGAGGGAGCUUUUUCAAUACUCAAUGUACAAGAGAAAGGAAAUACAGGAAAAUAUUCUGUCUGACAAGCAAUAAAAUAUUAUAUAUCAUUUUU